AAAACACAGAAACGAGAAAGGCCAAAUAGCACAAGUCAUUACGUACACUGCACAUCGAAGCAAUCCGAAUUCAGCACUGGGCCACUUUUGUCGACCUAAAAACCGUCAAACUUUGUCACCUGCAUUUACGGCUCUCAUUCCUAUCAACUUUCCUUAGCCGCAGCAAACUGCAGCGCCUACUUUGUAAUAAGAUGAGGUCAACCGGCGAAGUGGUGGCCGCUCUUCGAAGCCUGAUGAAGAAUCUCCCGAACGGUCUGGGAUCGAUCAACGCCUACAUCGUUCCUUCGGAUGACGCCCACCAGAGUGAGUAUUUGGCCAAGCGGGAUGAACGCCGUGCCUUCAUCUCUGGGUUCGAUGGCAGCGCAGGAACGGCUGUCGUCACCGACAAGGAGGCACUGCUGUGGACUGACGGUCGUUACUACCAGCAGGCCGGUAAGCAGUUGGACGAACAAUGGACUCUCAUGAAGGACGGUCAACCAACCACCCCUACCAUCGACGCCUACCUUGCCAAGGUCCUCGAGCCGGGCUCCAAGGUCGGCGUUGACGCAAAUCUCAUCUCCACCCGAGCAUGGAAUCCUCUGCAUACCUCCCUGAAAUCCGCCGGAUGCUCCCUUCUUCCAAUCACGCCAAACCUUAUCGAUCUGGUCUGGAAAGAUCAACCGGCUGCUCCACAGCACCCUACCAUUCCGCUCUCGGUAGAAUACACUGGCCAAACCGUCGCCCAGAAACUAACCGCCGUACGUGAAAAGAUGACCGACAAGCGCGCUUCCGUCCUGGUGGUCAGCGCUCUGGACGAAAUCGCCUGGUUCCUGAACCUCCGAGGAUCGGACAUCGAUUACAACCCGGUGUUCUUCUCCUACGUGCUGGUCACCCUAGACGAACUGUACUUCUUUAUCGACGAGAGCAAACUCUCGGGAGCCAUCCACGAACACUUCCGCUCGAACGAAGUUCAACCGACGAUUCGGCCCUACGGCGACGUUCACCAAGUCUUGAAGACCCUCGCCGAGUCUGCAUCGCACCGCACCUGGAUCAGUCUGGGUUCCAGCUAUGCCCUCACCGCGUUGAUCCCCGAAGAGAAACGACUUCACGAGAUCACUCCCAUCAACCUAAUGAAAGCGGUCAAGAAUGACACGGAAGCGGAGGGCAUGCGCGCCUGUCAUAUCCGCGACGGAGUGGCCUUGUGCCAGUACUUUGCCUGGUUGGAACGGUCGCUCAAAGAGGGCAAGGCGAUCGAUGAGAUUAGCGGAGCCGAUCAGCUGGAGCAGUUCCGUAGUAAACAGGACAAGUACAUGGGCCUGAGCUUCACAACCAUCAGCGCUUCGGGACCGAAUGGAUCGGUGAUCCACUACCAUCCACUGCCGGAGACUAAUCGUCCAAUCACCGAUAAGGAGAUGUACCUUUGCGAUUCAGGGGCGCAGUUUUUGGACGGUACAACGGACGUAACGAGAACCAUGCAUUUCGGAACUCCCACGGCGGAGGAAGUGACGGCAUUUACCCAUGUUCUGAAGGGUCAAAUUGCACUGGGAACGGCCAUUUUCCCGCGGAAGGUCAAGGGUCAGUUCCUGGACACGAUCGCGCGCAAGGCCUUGUGGGAUGCUGGGUUGGACUACGGUCACGGCACCGGGCAUGGAAUUGGGCAUUUCCUGAACGUGCACGAGGGUCCCAUGGGCAUCGGCAUUCGGCUGAUGCCCGACGAUCCUGGUCUAGAGGAGAAUAUGUUCCUCUCCAAUGAGCCUGGAUACUACAAGGUGGGCAAGUUCGGCAUCCGUAUCGAGGACAUUGUCCAGGUGGUUUCGACCAACAUCGGGGACAACUUUGACGGACGCGGAGCGUUGACGUUCCACACGGUCACAAUGUGUCCGAUCCAGACGAAGCUGAUCGACGUCAAGCUGUUGACGGAGAAGGAACGCACCAGCAUCAACCGGUACCACAAGACGGUGUGGGAAACGCUUUCACCGCUGCUGAAGUCGGCCGGAGAUGCCGAAACGUUGGCCUGGCUGGAACGGGAAACGCAACCGAUUUGAUUGGAGCGCGGAGGGACCGCAAGGGCGCUCAACAAGUGCCGAUGAAACAGAUAUGUAUUGAACUAGAUAUUUUGAUGAAUAAAUUUAAAUCGAUACCGUA